UGCCCUGGCCAUUCAUGACCGCAGGCAACGUAUCUCCUCUGCGCGCCUUAGAAUUCUGCUCAUCUCUGCCGCACUGGGUACUGAGAGAAACAGCAGGACUCCCAGGAGCUGCUAGUCUAAUGAGAGGACAAAGGUGACACUUCACUAGAGAGAUUAAGGAGGAGCCUGAGGCAGUUUCUUGGACAUCCUGUGAAUAUCAGAAAAUAGAAUUUGAGCAGUUAAGAGAAGACAAGGUGAUAUGGUGCUCACAGGUGCUUCCCUGGAGCUCAGCCAGCCUUCUCCGGGAAACAAAUACAUAAUGGCAAGCGGACCUCCCCAGUAAGGAAAGAAGCUACUAAAGGAUUCCACCGUCUUCCUGUUUCCCGGUGCCCCGACCCCAGGGGGUCUCCCAGUCUGUGAAGAUGACUUGGUGGCGGCCGAAGCUCUGCCGGCAGCAUUGCCUGUGGGCCCUGGGCUGCUAUAUGCUGCUGGCUGUUGUCGCUCUGAGACUUUCUCUCAGAUUAAAAUGUAACUUUGGUUCCCUGGAUCUGGAGUUCAGGGACUUUCGAAGCCCACGCUGUCAGGACAUCUUGUACCAGUCCCUGAAGCUGCCAGCAAAGAGAUCCAUCAACUGUUCUGGGAUCAUCCAAGGGGACCGAGGAGCAGUGGUCCAGGCCCUUCUGGACAACCUGGAGAGCAAGAAGCAGCGGGAACUUCUCACAGACACAGAUUAUCUUAACAUGACCAGCAACUGUGAGCGCUUUAAGGCUGAAAGGAAGUUCAUCCAGUUCCCACUGAGCAAAGAGGAGUUAGACUUCCCUAUUGCGUACUCUAUGGUGGUCCACGAGAAGAUUGAAAACUUUGAAAGGCUGCUGCGAGCUGUGUAUGCCCCCCAGAACAUAUACUGCAUCCAUGUGGAUGAGAAGUCCACAGACACUUUCAAAGAGGCGGUCAAGGCAAUUAUCUCGUGCUUCCCAAAUGUCUUCAUGGCCAGUAAGUUGGUUCGGGUGAUUUAUGCCUCCUGGUCCAGGGUGCAGGCCGACUUAAACUGUAUGGAGGACUUACUCCAGAGCUCAGUGCCAUGGAAAUACUUACUGAAUACAUGUGGGACAGACUUUCCUAUAAAGACCAAUGCAGAGAUGGUCCUGGCCCUCAAGUUGUUGAAUGGGAAGAACAGUAUGGAGUCAGAGGUACCUACUGAGUACAAAAAAUCUCGCUGGAAAUAUCAUUAUGAGGUGACAGACACAUUGUCCAAAACCAGCAAGAUGAAGGACCCUCCCCCUGAUAAUUUACCUAUGUUUACAGGGAAUGCUUAUAUUGUGGCUUCUCGAGGCUUUGUCCAACAUGUCUUAGAGAAUCCCAAAUCCCAAAGGCUGAUUGAAUGGGUAAAAGACACCUAUAGCCCUGAUGAACACCUCUGGGCCACCCUCCAGCGUGUUCCGUGGAUGCCUGGCUCUGUUCCCUACCACCCCAAGUUUCACAUCUCAGACAUGGCUGCCAUUGCCAGGCUGGUCAAGUGGCAGGGCCACGAGGGAGAUCUCAGUAUGGGGGCACCUUAUGCACCUUGCUCUGGAAUCCACCAGCGAUCUGUCUGUAUUUAUGGGGUUGGGGACCUGAGCUGGAUUCUUCAGAACCAUCACCUGUUGGCCAACAAGUUUGACCCAAAGGUGGAUGAUAAUGUUCUUCAGUGUUUAGAAGAGCACUUACGUUAUAAGGCUGUCUAUGGGACAGAACUCUGAGAUGCACUGUGACAGAAUUGCUACCUGUGGAGCAGGAAAUGUGCAAAGCAACAUGUCCAAGAUGCGCUGGGGUGGUGUGGGGUGGGAGACCAGGGCUCUGCAAUCCAUGGCGGCCUCAGGGUAAGGGGGCUGCCAGUAAGAGUGGGGUAAGUAGGCCUGCUGCCCUGGGUGAACACGGACUGUUCUCUUACUCCACUCCAAGAGCUCCUCCACUGACUUUCUCCUGGAGUAAAAACAAGAACCAGUUAUUGGGGAGAGUAGGGGAGGGAAGUGUGGCAGGAGAACCUGGAUCUCAGUUGAAUGCUUGGUAUCAGCUUUUCCGUAAAUGCUUUUCUUAAUAAUUUUAGGCUUGGUAGUGGGGAAAGAGAGCCUUCUCUGUUGUACUAUUAACUUAAUAAAUACUACUGACUCA